AUGGAUAGAUCCAGGGGACGGGGAAGGUCAUUACCCGCUGAAGACAGAAGAAAAUUUCCAAGUCAAGCUGAGACCAGGAAUCUUAGAUCGCUGCCUACAAGUGUUGGUAAUUCAAAUCGUGAUCGUCAUGGUAUGAUUCCUCGAUUUGAAAGCAAACACAAUUAUACUAAAUUAUUGAACACAGGACGAAUGGCAGAUCAGCAAACGAGACAUACAGACAAAAGGAACGGAGGAGAUAGAUAUCGAACUCACAGCAAGCAAUUCUUCGCAAAAGGUCGGGUAUUUAGCACAGCAUUUGAAGAUGAAGAUGGAUUAUCGAAUCAAAAUUUUCUGGUCAUAAGGGAAGCUCAGGAAGGUCCGGACGAUAUUGGAACUCAUUGUACAUGUCUCUCAGUGACGCCUUUGAGAAAAGACUUGGACUUAUCAGAAUGUGGGCUUCUUCAUGCCAACUCAACCCAACCUCCAUCGAUAAGGGGAGUGAAAUUCAAACCCCUCCAGGUCGACAUUUCAAGAGAUACUCGAUUUGAUGCGCCCAUGUUGGUUAAUUAUAUACAAAUGUUCAAUGUGGACACUAAUUCGGAGGUUAACGAUAUUGGGAAACUACGACCAGAAUCUAUACAAGAUAUGAUGGAUAAUUUCAAAGACUCUUUGUUUGAUUCGGCACAAGACAGGAAUGGAAGAAGUGAUAAGCACAGGAAAAGGAAAGGUAGGGGUGAAGAUGAGAGCUCACGCAAACCACCACAUGGACAUAGAGAGCCUAGCAAACCACACUCAAAGGCUCAAAUAGCAUCCAACACACGCUCUGCACCCCCAACUGCAUCUGGUUCUAGCUCUGUACCGAAUGGCUCGGAAGCUCCAAGUAGAAGACCCAAAUUACGUGACCUUGAUGUGCCGGAUAAUUCAAAACGGCAAAAGCCAAAGGGGUCGUCUCAUAAUUCAGAAGGGUUAGAGGGUGAUCCAGAUUCCCCAACGAGAGCAAGAGAAGCAGAGAACAGGCGGUUACAAGAUGUCAAGAACAAUCAACGAAGAGGUGAUCCUCUGCAGAUGGACCAACUUCGUGAUACCAAGGAUCGGCAUGAGAGAGAUAAGCCUGCAAGACGAGGAGAAGAGGGGGAAAUACCACUGGGAUCUUCACGUGCAGAUAUAGAGCGCGGUAGAGGAGAUGAAGGGACAGGUAGACCAGGGGUAAGUUUGUUACCACAUUCACCUACUAAGCGAAAUAUGAAUCAUCGCAAGGAUGGUGACGAUAUCUCAAAAACCUCCACUACUGGUGUCCCCGUUCCAAUUCCGAUAGGUGAUUCUUCGGAUAGAGGUAAGCAACGGGAUAGAAAUAAUCCAUUAGUCCCACGGGAGAAUGCAUCAUCACGCAAGGAAGACAAUCUUAAAAGAAACGAUGACUUACCAAAAGACGAUGACCGACCUGGAAACUCUCAGUCUCGUCCUCAAUCCUCUGAUAGAGAAUUUAACGAUGGGGGACAAGACCAUGGGUCAGAUUGGGAAGGAAAUGACCCCAUAGAUGGAAGACGCGGCCAGAAAGGAAGAGGUGCGCCACAUGAUGCAAGAGACCUUCCACCUCCAAUAGGUCGAAGAGACGAUCCAACCGAUGGGACUCCUAGACGUGGUAUCCCUCCCGAUCAGAUUCAUGGUCGUCCUGGAGAUUUCAGCCAUGGGCGUUCUAUGCCAGGUAUUGACGAUAGAGGACGCCCGUUGGACAGGGCAGGACAUGAUCCCCGUUCGAUGUCUACAGAAACAAGUUUACCAGGCAGAUCUCGACCUAACGGAUUACCUGGACGUGAUGGAAAACUGAAUUCUGCCAAUGGUGGUAGACCAUCUGACAGAGCACCUGAUCGCAGAUCAAUGUCAAAUAAUCCCCCACCGUCUCGCCCAAAUGGACGUGAUCCUCCUCAAUCUAAUCCAGGUGAUCGUCGACAAAUGCGACCUCCGGGAUAUGGUGCUCCUGAUCGAUCAGAUCCUAGAUCAAAUAAUCGCCGUUCCAUCUCUCCGCGACGUCCUGCACCUCCAGCUGGUCAUUCAAGACUUCCGGGAGGUGGUUCAGGUGGUGCACCGUUUAGAUCUCAACCACCGCCGUCUUCUCGUGGUAGAGGACCUCCUCCACCAGGAGGUGGAGGGCCGCCAUCAUCAGGCGGUAGAGGACCCUCUGGGAGAGGACCGCCUUCAUCGGGUGUUAGAGGACCAUCUGGUAGAGAUGGUCCUCCUAGACGAAAUUUGCCUCCAUUACGUAAUCCUGGUCAUAGAUCUCCAGGUGGCAGUGGAUCACCUAUGGGUGGUUCGUCGCCUAUAUCGAGAGGGUCUCCAGGUGGUGGAUACUCUGGGGGUAGAUCACCGGGUGGGGGUCGUUCUCCUGUAGGUGGCUCAUCGCCAAUGUCGAGAGGACCUCCUGGCGGCAGAUCUCCGGGUCCAUCAUCGCCCAUGUCAGGUGGUGGCUCACCUCGUGGGUCUCCUGGUAGUUUGUCACCGGGCAAUUCAAUGUCAAGUGCGUCACCAGGAGGUUCUCCUGCAGGCUCUCCCAUUGAGUCACCGGCCGGCUCACUAGGGUCUCCUGGAGGAUUACCCAUGGGAUCACCUCCUCAAUCUCCAGGUAGCCAUCCAGAUUCUCCUAUGGGGUCUCUAAUGGGAUCUGAAAUAAGAUCUCCGACAGGAUCACGUAGAGAUUCUAUGGCAAGUGGAUCUUAUGUUGGUUCGCCUCAAGAUCGAUCUCCAAUGGGAGGCUCUUCAUAUCGCUCGUCAACGGGCAGUGGUCCCCCAAGUCCUGCAAUGUCCGGAAGAUCACGAUCUCUGAGCCCUCCACCUAGCGGAAGACUUCAAUCUGGUAGAUAUUCUCCAAGGCCGGGCUCACCCAGAAGUCCUAGUCCUGGAGCUAGGUCUAGGCCCAGUAGUGGAGGUGUCAGAAGAAGAGGCCCAAAAGGAAAGCCUAGAGGGCCUGCCAAUGGUGGACAGCCACCUUCGAGUGGAGCUAAUAACGACGAGCCAUAUAGAGGUGAUGAUGAUGGGUGCGGGUGUUGUGAAAGUGGCUGUGCUGCUUGGUGGAAAAGUGUUGUAGACUGGUGGAAUGGUGUUGGACAGGAAGAAUGGAUUCAAAUGGACAAUCAGAAAGAUAAUGGGAAACAGAAGUCUGAACCGGAUCAAGGUCCAGAAGAUGAAGAUGCAAAAUCAGUCACUAGCGGUGCAGAUCAUGGUAGUCCUUCACCGACGAAGGAUCCAUUUGAAGAUGGACAAGAUGACGAAAGCACUGCGGUUGGUUCAGAUGAGGAAAAUAGUGAUGAAAUUGAUGAUGAAAGCGAGGAUGAAAAUGGCUCUGAUCAAGAAGACCCCGAUGCUGAUGCUCGCUCGAAUUUGGAUGCAGAAUCCGAUCAGGGAAGUGAAGAUGAAGAGGGGGCUGAUAAUUCCUCUGCUGUAGGCUCGAGGCGCUCGUCUACAGCAGUAGCUUCUGAGUUUGAUCACCAAGAUUCUGUUCGCGAACCUGCUGAUGAUUAUCCUCAAAAUCCACCAAACGUUAAUUGUCCUGAAAACGAGAAUUCUUAUCCUGCAAAGAAUCCGUACAUGGAGGCUCCACAGGAUACUUACAGCUAUCUUCCUAAUGAUGAUCGCUUUUACAUGGGUCAACACGACUACGCACAUCAAAAUGGCUACCCAACCAAUCCAAGUGAUAUGCCACCUCAAGAGCUAGAUAGUGCAUACCCAGCCGCCUAUUCCGCUAAACCCACUGCAACAGCCUUUCCCUCCAUCCCCGAAGAUGCAGCAGAACUAGCAACAGACAAUAGUGAACCGCCGAACCCACCACCCUAUGCUUCCAUGCCCUCAACACCUCAACAACUCUCACGACCUCGCUCUACUCGCUUUGAACUUGCAUGCGAACGUGAUCCUGUAGAAUUAGAAGUCCCUCCCUUACCGACUACGCGUGGGAAAUCCGAACUUUUUCUUCCACCAAGUUUGACGCCCGGUGUGGCUACUGCUCCUCAUAAUGCUUUUUCGCCGUUCUCGGCGAGGGGAAGUGCUAGAACACCUUCUCCCUUCCAUCAUCCUCCUAUGCCACAAAUUAAAGGUUCUUGGGCUCCUCCUCAACAACAAACACAAUUUUCACAGUAUCAACCACAAGUACCCGAUCAAUCGCUUGCAAAUGCAAAUACGAAUAUGUCAAAACAGGGUCCACAAGCGAAUUUUGGUCCUUCACAUUCUCAAGCUCAAGCCCAGUCUCAACCACAGUUACGAUCCGGAAUGAAUUAUGCGCCACAAGUUCCACAAGCUCCGCCUCCUACUUAUCCGAGUGCUCAGAGAUAUGAUGCGAGAGGCAACCAAUUUCAUGAGCAAGCCAUGCGACAACCCUCUCCGCAUCAGCAACAGAUGAGGGGUACGCCACCUCCUGUAGUACCGACUAGGAGUGAAAUGAGGUCACCUAGUUUUCCGCCGCCAUUAAAUUCGGCCAGGGGUAUGGGCGGGGCUGGAGUGAGUUCUGGAAAGGAUGGAAGAGGUGCACGAGCAGAGAGUGGCCAGCGAGGAGGUCAAGAUACGAGAGGUAAAGAUCCAAAAUCCGAAGGUCGAAGUCGAGGACAUCAAGAUCCAAGAAAUAAAGCUCCACCGUCUAGAAACCAAAGACGAAACUAUGCGGAAAGUGAAUCAGAAGCAGAGUCCGGUUCGGACUCGGAAUCAGAACCAGACUCAGAUUCAGAUGACGAAUCAGGAAGUGAUGAUGAACAUGGAUAUGUCCGUCAAAGAGGUAUGGGUGAAGAAAGUGGUAGUGAUGAUGACAGUGAUCUUGAUAGUGGAUUUGGAACUUAUGAUGAUGAUUUGGUUGGGAGAGAAGAUGAUAUGCAAUCGAAUCAUGGGGGCUCUUUACCUCAAGGUCCGACUGGGAUGAAUCCUAGAGCGGGAAUGGAAAGUAUGCAAUUUCCUCCUCCUACUCUGCCUGCACCGGCUCCUAGACCUGUAGCAGCCCCACCCCAAGCGCAUAUCAGUUCUAGAGGGGUAUCAGAAUCUAAUCACGGUACACCGAAUCCAAAUUAUGCUGCACCAAAUCCAAACUAUGUAGCGCCAAAUCCCUAUAUAGGACAAAAUCAGAUGCAAAUGCAUACGCCCCAGGGUCAAAACCAAUAUCAAAAUAGCCAGCCUCAGAUUCCCGGACCAGUACCAUCAGCGCAUAUGCAGAAACAUAAUUCGUAUCAAAGGCCAGGUGAUACACCACAUAACGCCCAUAUGCCAUCACAAGCUCCGGGACAUAAUCAAUACAAUAGACCGGAUGAUAUGUACAGCAAUCCUUAUGGACGUCCUGAGCAACAACAAGAACAACAACAGCAAGCGCCUCACGCACCUUACGCACCUCAGCCGUCAGCCAACAUGCCAGAACAAUCUGGAAGACAUAAGCCUGAGACCCAGAAGUCUCGGCCCCAUAAGGGAGUGGAAGAAAGCCAAAGAGAUGUCCGCGGAGAGAAAAAAUCAAAGGAAAAGAAUCAUCAUGUCGAGAAACCUUUUGUGGAGAAACCACGCAAGAAGGAACGGCCUCCUGUACCUAUGAGCCCCCCAGAAUCAGUACAUCCUCAGCCCGGUGAUGAAAUUAGUCCGAGUCCGUCAAGACAGUCACCCUUUGAGCAGGAAAAUGAGCAAGAUCAAAUGACAGAAGAGCGCGAUAGUGAAAGUGAAAGUGGUAGCGAUGAUGAAUCUGAGCUAGAAGAGAAUCUAGAUUCUGAUCCUGGUUCUGAGGGUGAAGAAAGUGAUGGAGAAGGAGGAAAAGAGAGCAGUCCACAUGCAAAUGAAGACGGGAAAAUGGAGAGUGAUGCUGAAAGUUUAGCGCCUCCGUCUCCAUCCCUAGUCCAGGAAAAGAAAGAUAGAAAGCGACGGGGAGAGGGUGAUAAGAGUAGAGGUGGAAGUGGAAAAGAAAGUGGAAAAGGAAAGGAGAGAUCAAGAGGAGGUAAACAGAGUGGAAGGGGUGAAAAAGGCGGAAGAGAAAGAAACGGGAGGGGGAGAGAUAGAAGAGGGAGGGGAAGAGAAGACGGUGUGGAUGUUGGGGGGAAAUUGAAGAAAACUUGGGAUUUUUUGAAGAAGUUGGAUUAUCAUGAGAAGUGA